AUGAGCCGACGCCCGCCCGCUGUGCCGUGUCUUUCAGGUAUCGGGAGACUAGGUCUGCCCCCUGCUCCACCUGCGAGAUCUCCAACCACAGAGUUGUCCAGCUACUCUCUCCUGCCACCUCCCCCUCCUCCUCCUCCUCCCCCUCUUCCUCCUUCUCUCCACACAAUGACCUCCAGUCAGGGGAAUGGCUACCUGCACAGCCUGGAUGACUUUGAGUCCAAAUUCCAGUUCCACCCCUUAAAGGACUUGCCUCCACCCAAAGAGUUCUGUCCAUUUCACGAAUGUACCCAAUGUCACCAAAGCCUCCGGCGAUCAGGACUCACCUGCGGUGAUCCCUCCCAGUGCCUGGCAUACCAGUCCCGGCUGUCCUCCACCCCCUCCCAUCACGCUGGCAUCUGGACUAACCCAAUGACCUAA